AUGGAUCGCGACCGUAGAAGCAGAUACGAGGACGGCGAGGUCACUAGGUAUGGCGCCGGCGAAUCUUGGAGACCCUUUCCGCGCGGCGGCGGCGGAGACCGCUCCCCACGACGAGUCCGAAGUCCUCUGAGAGAUCGCGAACGAGACCGUGACCGCGACCGCGACCGUGACCGUGAUCGCGACCGCGACCGUGAUAGAGAUAGAGAAAGACUACGAUCCCGCGACCGGGACAGAGAGCGAGACCGAGACCCAAGAGACAGAGAUCGGCCGCGCUCUCGUGACCGCGACAGGGAGCGCGCCCGGACGCCGCCCUUGACAUCGGACAGUUAUGUCCCCGGACGAUCUCCCGCGCGUCGCAGGUCCCGCAGCACUGAGCGGUACCGACGUGAUCGGUCGCGGGAUAGAGACCCGCGCCCUCAGAGCGAUACUUGGCGCAGACGGGAUAGAACCCGAAGCCCACCCGUGAGACGCCCCUCGCCGAGACGUAGCCCUUCGAGACGACGCAGUCCCAUCGGUAGAUCUCCCGCUAUCCGGGACGAGAGGAGCGACCGUGCUAGAUCGCCGCCGCGCCGUGACAACAGAGAUCGGGAUCGUGAGAGGGAGAGAGACAGGGACCUUGAUCGGCGGGACGACAGGUACCGUUCGUUGCCCCCCUUUGCACACACUCCAGUCUCAUUAGCUGCUAGAAGACGGUCGCGUUCGCCUUACGGCCGCGACAGGGGUCCUCGGGACAGGACUCCUCCACCCAGGAGGUCGCCUGCGCCGGCACCCCGAAGCGGCUAUCGUCCGCGGUCUCGUAGCACGAGCCGCCGCGGUGGCGAGCGAUAUCUAGGGUCUUCCUACAGACGGGCGUCGCCGCCCCGAGAUUCUGGCAUCUCGUCAGCGAUCACGUCUCGAUCAGCUUCAGGCAAGUCGUCACCGCAUCCUCCUCCUUCAAUCCGAGCACGAUCGCGGCCGCAAUCGAGGGAGCGUGGGGAGCGCGUCGAACGGGAGCGGGAGCAGCCGCAGCAGCCACGAGAGCGAGAGCGAGAGCGGGAACCCACACCCCUCCAGACCGGCGGUGCUUCUGCUGCAUCAUCGUCCUCGACGACGACGACGACGACGACUACGAUUCGCGAAGCACCCAAGCCUGCUGCCGCCGCCGCCGCUGCCGUUGCCGCUGCCGCCCCCCAAGAACCGGCCCCACCGGUAGCAAAGACACCACCUCGAGGCCCCGCCGCUUUACGUGCUCCGACCGGCCCUGCCGCAACCCGAAACUUCUCUGCGCCCGCCGGCUCACCAGCUGUCCAGCCACCUAGACACCCGCAGACCCCAAGCGUGCCACCCCCACGCGCAGACGCCACGAGCCCCACGAUCCCUCCCGCUGGUCCUCGAGGCUAUGUAGCUCCGGCUAGGGGUGGCGGAUACAGCACCCGUGGCGGACGAGGCUCGUGGUCGGGCCCGUCGCCUCGCCAGGCCCCUGUUCCUACAACAUCUCCUUCAGCCAUUGGUAACGGACCAUCAGCCAUCCCAACCGGACCACGCGCCAACCCGUCAAACAACACCCCGUCAAACACCUCCACUGCACCCAAGCCUUUCAACCCUCCCACUGGCCCUUCAUCGCAGCACGGCGCUGGUGGUGCCCGACCUACGCUUGCUCAGAGUAUGCUUGCCACUCUGCCCCCUAUCAUCCCAGGAGGCAAGAUCGACCCAUCCCUGCUUCCAACAACCAUGGGCAUCACAAGAGAGAUUGAACCGCAUUACAAGAAGCUCAAGGCGGAGGAGGAGAAGGCGCGCGCGGAUCUGGACGCCAAGCAGGAUAAGCUGCGGCAAAGUCUCCAGAUGUGGGACAAACUCGAGAUGGAGUCCAAGGCGUGGAAGACGCGGGUGGACCUCAGCGAGCAGAGCCUCAAGAGCUUGGCUGGCGAGGGUCUCGGGGGAGCUGCCUUUUAG